GUGGAGUAUCUCGGUCUUUGGUACUUUCUCUCAGCUAACAAAACGCUGAAAAAGCUAGAGAACACUCACAUAAAUGUAGGUUCUGAAAAUAAUUGUUUUGUUGUCUAAAAAAAUGUCUAACAGGUGUUUGGACACUGACGCGUCAGCUCUGCGCCAAAAAAGGACCGUUUCAUCUGCUCCACACAAAGAAGAGCAACUGUGCACCCGAACUAAUCUCAGAAGCCUAUAUCCUACUGUGAAGUUUUUCUUAGCUCACAUGAAGCACAAAAUUGUUUUUUAAUUCGUAUAUGGUCUAGACGGGGCUACCUGACGUGUCCGGAUGCUGCCAGCCCAGCGAGCAUUAAUUAGUGAUUGGGUCGCUCCCCCUUCAUAUAUAAAGGAGGCGCGCCCACUGCGCUGUUCUGUCUCCAUACCAGCCAACAUGAACUACGGAUCUGAUGUUUUCACCUCCUCUUCCUACCGGAAGAUUUUCGGGGAUUCUCCCCGUUAUGCAUCCUCUCCAUCCCGGAGUGCGAUUAGCGGCUCCUCCAGGGGAGCUUACCGGUCCUCCUCUGCUUCCCGGAGCAAUGUGACCUCCAUGGGCUCGUACAGCAGAAAGUCGGGCCGCUCCUUCUCGUCCAUGCCGCUUGAGAGCUACGACCUGACCCAGAGCAGCGCCCUUAACAAUGAGUUCAAAAUAGUUCGCACCAAUGAGAAGGAGCAAAUGCAAGGUCUCAAUGACCGCUUUGCAAUGUUCAUCGACAAAGUGCGCAACUUGGAGCAGCACAACAAAGUGCUGGAGACGGAGUUGACCGCGCUGCGCCAGCGGCAGACCGAGCCGUCCCGGCUGGCCGAGCUCUACCAGCAGGAGAUCCGUGAGCUGCGCUCCCAGCUGGAAGAGGUGAACGCGGAGAAGUCCCAGAUCCUGAUCGAGAGGGACGGUAUUGAUGAAGACCUGCAAAAGCUCAGGGGAAAGUACGAAGAGGAGUUCCAUGCCCGCGAGGAGGCGGAGGCCACCCUCAAGGCUUUUAAGAAAGACGUGGAUGAUGCCACCAUGGUGCGCCUGGACCUGGAGAAGAAGGUGGAAUCUCUGCUGGACGAGAUCAACUUCCUCAGGAAGGUGCACGAGGAGGAGGUUGCUGAGCUGAUGGAAAUGAUCCAGGCCGCCCAGGUGUCUGUGGAGAUGGAGGUGUCCAAACCGGAUCUCACCUCCGCCCUGAAGGAGAUCCGAGGCCAGUACGAGUCCAUGGCGUCCAAGAACCUGCAGUCCGCAGAGGAGUGGUACAAGACCAAGUUCGCCGACCUGUCCGAUCAGGCCACCCGGAGUAACGAGGCGAUCCGAGCCAGCAGGGAGGAGAUGAACGAGUUCAGGAGGCAGCUGCAGUCCAAGACCAUCGAGAUAGAGAGCCUGAGGGGAACCAACGAGUCUCUGGAAAAGCAGCUGCGUGAGAUGGAGGAGAGGCACAAUGCGGAGAUUGGAAACUACCAGGACGGCAUGGCAGAGCUGGAGAACGAGUUGAGGACCACUAAGAACGAGAUGGCUCGUCACCUGAGGGAGUACCAGGAUCUGCUGAAUGUUAAGAUGGCUCUGGAUAUUGAAAUUGCAGCAUACAGGAAACUGCUGGAAGGAGAGGAGACCCGCAUAGGGACAGGGAUCUCCUAUCCCGGCACCUCCAUGAGCGCAGGUAUGGGGCAAAGCUACAACUACCAGACCCGUGUCUACACCAGCUCCGGCAAGGGCUCCAAGAAGGACGAAGAGCAGCAGAGCAAGUCUGGAGCCAAGGUCUCCCAGCGUGAAGUUUAUGAGGAGACAGUGAUCACCACCAAGAAGAUGGAGAAGCAACAAGACCCCAGCGACAUCCCCACCAAUCAGAAAAACUAAAAGCCUUUACUGUAAGCCUGUUUUUGAACCCGAAAGCUUCCCUUACCCCCCCGCCCCCAAAAUCCAUUCCUUUCUUCUUCUUCUCCUAUUUUAAAGCAAACCCUGGGCCUUUACUCGAAGCACUUGUGGUGAUCAUUUCUAUCUGAUCUGUUGUGUGCUUAAUUCCCACAAGUGUUUGAAGUGGAGGAUCCAGAUGUUUGUUUUACAUAGGUUCCUCUUUCCCCUUUGCCCCCCACAUGAGUUCCCAAAAGGAAAUCCAUUAUAACUCUACUGUAACCAUCACUCAAUACAACACAUCAGUUCUCUUCUCUUUCUCAGUCACAUUCAACAGCUGACAAUAGCAAGCACUAAGGUAGCAUUUCUUCUGGAAGUGACAUAUAUAUAAUAUUCAGCUGGUUUUUCACACUCUGGACUGAUGUAAGAUCAAUAAGUCAUACUUAAACACAACAGAUGAUAUCUCUGAUCCUUCACUACCACCACAAGCUGUGAGAUAAUCUCAACACAUUCCAAUGGAAGCAUGUCUGCGCAUUUAAAGGACACAAGAUUCAAAACACAUCAGCUGCUAUCGGCAAGGCUGAAAUGAUAUUCUGACAUCAUGACAGUCAAGUAAGGAAGCACAGUCUACAAUUGUAGGACACCAGCUAAAGUAAACAAUACUUUACAAAAGAGGCAUUAAGAGACUAAAAGAGGCUAGCGUCUUUUCUAAUAAUGGAGUUCUUUUACUUCUUAAAUCUCUUCUUGCACAGUUUCUCUGAUCUGUGGUUUGGCUGCGACCCAGUCAGCCCUGCAUGACAGUUUGGAAGUGGAAUUACAAAAAAAUGUUCAAGCAUUGAAUUCCUUUUUGUAGCAAUUGAAAGGAGAUUUGAAGCAAACAAGACGACACAUGUAUUAGCGAGUGUAAUAUGCAUGGUGUAUGUAGAUGUCAUGCUUGCAUGGAAUCCAUCCAUUGCUCAUUCAACACGAUUUUGUUGUUUGUCGGGGUGUCAUGAAGUCGGCUCAAGUCGUCUUUAUUCACCAUUUACCAUGCUGAGCAUCAUCGUGCACACUGUGCUAAUUUAUAAACGUAAUAGACGUCCUUUUUAGCCUGUAAGCUAGAUUUGAGACUGCUGUUUAAACUUGUACUUAAGGUAGUGAAGUAGGUAGGCUGUAGAUCUCUGCUAUGAACAUAUGAGGGAAAGAUCCUCUUCAAAACACUUAUAUAGGAAUGGGAAAAACUACCUAAUUUGGUGAUGACUCAGCAGUUAGCACAAUGAAGGAUAGAGGGGAAAGAGUGAGUUAACAAAGAUGCUGUAAGGGUGGAAAAUCACCUCAUAGAAGAAACAAGAAGUGAAUUCUCUUCAUGAUGAACGGUCAAAAGGAGGCUGAAUGUAAAUUAAGCUUUAGCACAAAUGUACAAGAGUCUGUAUCAGCUAUUUGGUUUUUGAUUGCGUAAGAAAUACCAUUUCCCAUGUGCCAUUAAUGAUGCUUGACACUCAUUUCAGCCCCAGAAUCCAUACCAUAUCACUCCGCCAGAGGAAAACCAAUGUCACCCCCCCCCCCCCCCCCCUCCCCUCAAAGUCAGUCAGAAGCUGCCACACUCAGAUGUGUUUGAAACCACUCGACCUCUCUCUUUGUAACUCUGGCCAUGACUGGAUUAAACGAUUGUUGUAGUACGACCUCACUACUUAGAAAUCCUUCAGUAUAUAAAAAAAGAGACUUGUAGCUUUUUUUCUGCUUGUGCACUGCCAACUUUAACACAGCUUUCCUCUUCUUCUCCUGCUGCUUCUCGAGGCGAUCCUCGCCCUGACACACUGCACUCACACUGAAAACUGAAAACUACUGAUUGUAACGCAGACCGUUCUGGAUUGAGUUCAUGCUGUUUAACUUGAGGCUUGAGAUGAGUAUCUUAGUACUGUAGUGUUUGUAUCUCUACACAGUGGCCUAUCAUACCUGGAAUUAUUUAGGAGGCAGCAAAUCUGAAAGUUGGGCAUUUUGUGUAAUGGAUAAUGGAUUUCCAGUGUGAAGCAGAAGAAAAACUCAGCUAGACAAGAACUUACAAAUAAAAGCAAAAUUUUUAUAGUAUACAGCUAUAACAAUGAAUGAAUGCUUGGUGGUUGCAAAUGUCAAGCCUUUACCUCUACACUGUAAACCAAAACUACUUUAAAUUGGUGUCUGAAGAAUAAAUGUCACGACUACUUCUACAGCACUGCCAAACAUUUCUAAAUGCACGCGCAGCACCACCUACUGUAAGAAAACAAUGACAAUACAGUACACCACCAUCCAAAACCAACAAUCAAGAUUUAGCCAUAGAGCAAAUUACUGUCGGAUGUGAAAUGCCUUAAAACACCAGCAGCUUUUAUCUGGCCAUGUGUGUGAUGUGUAUGAUUCUGUCCAGUGGGGUGAUUAGUCAUUUAUUCUUUCUCUGUUAGCCUUUAUUAGAGCUGCCAUGAUUACAAAAGCUUAGGGAUUGAAUGUAGGUGACAUGAUAUUAUCUUUACUGCUAUUACUACUCAUGAAUUGCUGUAUGACACCAUAUCAAUAAAGACUUGACAUUAUCGAGGCUG